AUGGUUGGCAUCGGCGCCGUCAUUCCGAGUCGAAAAAAUGACAUUCAGCUCGGGGAUAUUGUUGUUAGGACCCGCAGCAGCGAAAACCCUAGUGUUAGGCAAUACUAUUUCGGGAAAGCUACUGUUCCUCUUUCAAACGAGUGGCUAUCUGAACCGUCCUCUCCGUGUCCUCCUCAGCGCUCAAGAUACCAAAGACCUACAAGAGGUUUAUCGGAAGAGACCAAAGGAUGGCUCAAGCGGGAUGAGAGCCCGGUUACGUCCAUCAAGGUGCAAAACCAAGAGAACUUUGACAACUAUAGCGAAGGAAAUGAGGAGAUACGUCUAGAACGGUCCGACGAAGAGCCAUGCGUUCACUCCGGCGGCAUUGUUUCUGGGAACUUUGUAAUAAGGAAUGCAGUAAUGCGCGAUUUGCUGGCGCAGAGCUGUCUUUGCUUUGAAAUGAAAACUGCCGGCUUGAUGAAUUAUUCUCCUUGUCUUGUCAUCUGGGGAAUCUGGGACUUCUGUGGUAUGCACAAAAAUGACCGUUGGCAAAAAUAUGCUGCUGCUGCCGCAGCGGCGGCAUAUGCCAAAGGGCUACUGGGUGUUAUGGACGCGGACAUUAGUGAGGUUAAGAAGGAGAAGAGGGCGCGCGAGAUAUUAGAUUACCUGCAAGAACUGGCAACCAAAACAAACGUAAUUGAAAUACAUACCAAAUCCUUGGUCAACGAUAGAAUGCAUGAGAAGCUCCUCAAAUGGCUGUCUUCCCUCAACUCAUCCUGGCACCCUGAGUGCCAAAAGAAGCGGGUUGACGGUACCAGCACGUAA